AUGGCGGGACUUGAAAAAGUGUUCACAGAGUACGCAAAAUUCGGCAACCCGAAAAACGAUGGGAAAACCAUAACACUUUCAAACGUGGACAAAUGGCUUAAAGAUGCAGGAAUUACAGAUGGAAAGAAAGUCACCACUACUGACACAGGUAUUGCAUUCCAGAAGCUAAAGUCCAAGGCUAUAACAUUCUCCCAAUUCAAUGAGUUCCUUGACGGUUUGUGUAAAUCGAAAAGUUUGAACCUUGAAGAAGUUAAAGGCAAACUAGAGCAAAGUUCACCGAGUAAAGCUGGGACGACUGCAGCAGACGCCUCUGGUGUUGUUAACAGAAUGACUGACACUACUAAAUACACUGGAACUCACAAAGAAAGGUUCGACGCUGAGGGAAAAGGCAAAGGUCAGGAAGGCAGAACUGAUGCAACUGACAACACGGGAUAUGUCAGUGGUUAUAAAAAUAAGGACACGUUUGAUAAGAAAAAAUAG